AUGCCGGAGAGAAACAUAGUGUCAUGGACGGCUAUGGUGUCUGCAUAUGCCCAGAACAGGCAUUUGCAAGAAGCUCGCGCCUUGCUCGAUUCCAUGCCCGAGAAGAACGUCGUCACGUACAACGCGAUGAUCCAAGCAUACGCCGAUGCCAGAGAGAUCGACGAGGCGAGAGCUUUGUUCGAUCGAAUGCCCUCGAGGAACGUUGCGUCGUGGAAUGUGAUGCUCAAGACUUAUGCCGAGGCUGGGCUUGUGGACAAGACGGAGAACUUGUUCCGGGACAUGCCCGAGAAGGACACCGUCUCGUGGAACAUCGUGAUCCAAUCCUACUUCUCCAGCACCAAGAUCGAAAAGGCGAGGCAGGCCUUCGCAGAGAUGCCUCGCCCGGACGUGGUGACUUCCAACAUCAUGAUCGCGGGCUUCGUCCAGAACGGGCAUCUGGAAGACGCGAGGAGGAUCUUCGACGGGAGGAGCUCGCAGCUCGACAUCGUCUCCUGGAACACGAUCAUCUCGGCGUACGCGCAGCGGGGAGACUUCGCAGUGGCGCAGGAGCUCUUCGAUUCCAUGACGCACUGA